CAUCCUUUUGUGAUGCAGUAAGAAGACGGUUCACCAAAAGGGGUGAGAUUAAACUCGCGUUUGUUCCGUUACCGAGUUGAUACGAAUACUUCUGCGGCUCUGAAUGGUAGCUGUUCAUGUCCUGAUGUUUCUGUGACAAAGAGCAGCCCCUGGUUGCCAGCCGCGUCGCGAUGAGCGACACUUCGGAAGACGACAAUGAGAUCUCCUUUAAGUUGAGGUUUCUUGGGCGAGUGGAGGUCGUUCGCCCUGAUGGACUAGCGAUCCUGAGCGAGGCAGCCCAGCUACUCGAGACGCCUGAACAAUACUCCUCAGAGAAGGUGGCCAAGAAGAGCAAAGUCCAUCUCUUCCUGUCCCUGAGUGGGAUAGACGUACUGGAAAGCAAAACCAAGUUCCCGUUGUACACGUGCCCCCUCUCCACGGUUUCCUUCUGCGCCCUCCUGCCAUCCUCCCGCAAGGUCUUCGGCUUCGUGGCCAGACACCCUGCAGCAGACGUGCACCACUGCUAUCUGUUCCAGAGCAAGAAGUUUUCUCCUGUGCUGGUGUCACUUAUUGGGGAUGCCUUCCAGGCAUCGAAAAAGGAGGAGAGCACCAGGGGAGGACGAGACCUGAUAGUGGAGGCGCUCAGACACAAGAAUAAAAUACUGCAGAGGGAGAAUUCUGAGUUGAAGAGGAGGCUCACUGGACAUAAUGACUAACAAUACCAGCGAAUGUGAUUGCAUUAGUAUGCUCAGAAAGUACUUGUUGCGUAUAAGGAACUGUUUUAUCUAACUUGAAGCAACUGGUGGAACGGGGAAAACAUCUGUAGAGGGGAAAUGUAAAUUGAAACUGGUGUUGAGGAGGAAAAAGAAUAAACGUCGUCAUGUUUUGUUGUUA